AGCCGGCUUUAACAUAAAAAUAUUAUCAUCGCUGCAAAUAUGAUACAUACAAAGCUAUAUAUUGUGAAUGAGAGAGAAGAGAUCCGGCGAAGCCCCCACUUUGCACACACACUUAACUCUCCAAGCCAAGCCACACGUCCAGUUAAAUCUGCUGAGAAUUUUUCAGUUUAAUUUGUGCCAUCGUCAAGAUUGGUUUUGUUAAAUUUUUUUUAAAUAAUUAUUCGUGAGACAAAUAAUUCUUUUUAAAGAAAAAUGUCAAGUAGUGUUCCCAAGAUUCCUCUGAGCAAUGGAGGGGAAAUUCCUUCUGUGGGUCUUGGAACGUGGAGAGCUCCAGACAAUGAGGUAGAAGCAGCUCUUGAGACGGCUCUAAAAUCCGGUUAUCGACACAUUGAUGCUGCACCGGUGUAUUUCAAUGAGCCAGCCAUUGGGAGGACGCUCAAACGCUUCCUGGAUUCCGGAGAGCUGAAACGCGAGGAUCUCUUUAUUUGCACAAAACUCCCUCCACAGGCUAAUCGUGCUUCGUGUGUGGAGAAGUUCCUGCGGAAUUCCCUGGAGAGUCUGCAGUUGGACUAUGUGGAUCUCUACCUGAUCCACACACCCUUCAGUGUGCCAGAAACAGAUGGGGAUCUCCUCAGGGAUGACAAUGGCGAUGUUAUCCUCGACAUGGAAACCAAUCAUGUGGCCACGUGGAAGAGGAUGGAGGAUAUGGUGGCCAUGGGCUUGACCAAAGCCAUUGGAAUAUCGAAUUUCAACGAAACCCAAAUUCAGCGUCUCCUCGAUAAUUGCACCAUUAAACCCGUUUGCCUGCAGAUUGAGGUUCAUCUCUACCUGCAGCAGCACAACCUCGUGGAGUUCUGCAAGAAGAACAACAUCGUCGUCACGGCUUAUUCGCCGCUUGGAUCGAGAGGAAUUGCUGAGUUUAAUAAAUCCGUGGGGAUCGUACGCGACAUACCGGAUGUAAUUGAGAAUCCCGUAGUUGUGAAGAUGGCCAGUAAGUACGGAAAGACAUCACCGCAGAUUCUCCUCAAGUACAGCAUCCAGAGAGGCUUAGUUGUCAUCCCGAAGAGUACAAAUGCCGCCCGUUUGAAGCAGAAUAUUGAUUUGUUUGAUUUUACUCUCUCUGAUGAAGAUAUGAAGGUUCUCGCGGAUAUCAAGGAGAACGUCCGGGUGUGCGAUUUCUCCUUCUUCAAGGGAAUGAACAAACAUCCGGAAUUUCCUUGGUAAAGUUUUCUUUGCAUCUUCUUCUGGGUAAUUUUGGUUCGAUGUUUCAGCAUUUUUCUUGUCCCACAUUGAUCUUCUUAUCACGUUUUAAAUUGAGGUUCUCUUGUUAGUUGCGUGCAGUGCGCGAAUAAAGUCUUCAAGCACAAAA